AUGUCUUCGCCGUCGAGAUUUGCUGCAGGAGGGGAGAGUGCCUCUGAGCGUGGCCAGAGCGCCUCCCCCCACCUCGCUUCGCACCCCGGCCGGCGGUGCGCCUCGACUCAGGAGCUUCCAGUGUGGGCGGCUGAGCUCCUUGAGCCAGGCAAGCAAGGGCAGGCGGCUCCUCGGCCGGUCUACUCGGGAACAGACGAACACGGCGACCCGUGUGAAUGGUCUACUCGGGAGUCAGCCCCCCCCCCGCCCUCCUCGCCCGCGCGCCGCCUGGGCAUCCGCCAAGCCGCUGCAGGAGCGCCGGGCUGCGCGACCCCGGGCGGCGAGGUGGGUGGGAUCCGGGCGAGGGAGGAGGGGAAGCCCUAUAAAAGCCCCUAUAAAAUCGGGGGAUCCGCAUUCCCUCCGCUGCUGCGAGCGCCUGCAGGCGCCUGGGGCCAACUUCUCCCUCUCCCCCCCCCACCCCCGGGUCUACUCGAGAGGAGGGAGAGCCGUCACGUGGAGGGGAGGCGAUCGGCAUUGGGGAGCCGGCGCUCGGCGGGGGAAGGGGAGCUCCGGCGCCGGCUCCAGCCCGGGGGCUGCGAGGGGCCUCCCGGCGUCCCUCCGGGGCUGGAGCCCCCCGAGCGGGGCCGGAGCGCCGCUGCCCUCCCGGGCCUGGGCCGCCGCCCCCGGGAUGGGGCUCCGGGAGCUGUCCGUGGUGCUGAUCGUCGCCGGGGGACUGGUGCAGGUCUGAAGCGAUACAAUGCAGAUUUACAGUCCUGUCGAUGCCCACUGUCCCUGCAAGGAGAAUUCCAGAGGAAACUCUACAAAGAACUCUUGAAGAAUUACAACCCGCUGGAAAGGCCGGUGGGCAACGAUUCCCAGCCUCUCACCGUCUCUUUCGGUCUCAGCCUCAUGCAAAUCAUGGAUGUGGAUGAAAAGAACCAGGUCUUAACCACCAACAUUUGGCUACACAUGUAUUGGACGGACUAUUAUUUACAAUGGAACGUGUCUGAUUACCCUGGCGUGAAGAAUGUACGGUUUCCUGAUGGCCAGAUAUGGAAGCCCGAUAUCCUUCUAUAUAACAGUGCGGAUGAACGCUUUGACGCAACAUUCCAUACCAACGUUUUGGUGAAUUCUUCAGGCUACUGUCAGUAUCUCCCUCCAGGGAUAUUCAAGAGCUCCUGCGAAAUCGACGUGCGCUGGUUUCCCUUUGACGUCCAGAAGUGCAAAUUGAAAUUUGGAUCCUGGACUUAUGGUGGAUGGUCUUUGGACCUACAAAUGCAAGAAGCGGAUAUAUCGGGCUACAUCUCAAAUGGCGAAUGGGAUUUAGUAGGAGUCCCUGGGAAAAGAACGGAGUCGUUCUAUGACUGCUGCAAAGAGCCGUACCCAGAUGUGACUUUUACCGUGACGAUGCGACGCAGGACUCUGUACUACGGACUCAACCUCCUCAUCCCGUGCGUGCUGAUCUCCGCUCUGGCCCUCCUGGUUUUCCUGCUCCCGGCAGAUUCAGGGGAGAAAAUCUCAUUAGGGAUAACGGUUUUAUUGUCUCUCACCGUUUUUAUGCUCCUGGUGGCAGAAAUUAUGCCAGCCACUUCAGAUUCGGUGCCAUUAAUAGCGCAAUAUUUUGCCAGCACCAUGAUUAUCGUCGGCCUUUCCGUCGUCGUCACUGUGAUCGUUCUGCAGUAUCACCACCAUGAUCCAGAUGGGGGCAAAAUGCCAAAAUGGACCAGAAUCAUCCUUCUCAACUGGUGCGCCUGGUUCCUACGGAUGAAAAGGCCCGGGGAGGAUAAAGUACGUCCAGCAUGCCAGCACAAACGGCGGUGUAGCUUAUCAAGCGUUGAGAUGAACACCGUGAGCGGACAGCAAUCCAGCAAUGGGAACAUGCUCUACAUUGGAUUCAGAGGGCUGGAAGGGGUCCAUUGCACUCCGACUACUGAUUCUGGGGUGAUCUGCGGGAGGAUGACCUGCUCCACCCCAGAUGAGGACAACCUUCUUCACAGCGGACAUCCGUCGGAAACCGACCCGGACCUGACUAAGAUCCUGGAGGAGGUCCGCUACAUCGCCAACCGCUUCCGAGACCAGGACGAGGCGGAAGCCAUUUGCAACGAGUGGAAGUUUGCGGCUUCUGUGGUGGACCGCCUCUGCUUGAUGGCCUUUUCGGUCUUCACGAUCAUUUGUACAAUCGGCAUUUUAAUGUCCGCGCCCAAUUUUGUAGAGGCAGUUUCUAAAGAUUUCGCUUGAUCUGCGCUCCUGAGCUUGCAGAAUGUCAGCACUCAAAGGGGGA